AUGGUACGCAGCCUACAGCACAUCCACAUGGUGCGCAGCCUAGAGUACAUCCACAUGGUAGGCAGCCUAGAGCACAUCCACAUGGUGCGCAGCCUAGAGCACAUCCACAUGGUCCGCAGCCUCAAGAACACCCACAUGGUCCGCAGCCUCAAGCACAUCCACAUGGUCCGCAACCUAAAGCACAUCCACAUGGUCCGCAGCCUAAAGCUCAUCCACAUGGUCCGCAGCCUCAAGCACAUCCACAUGGUCCGCAGCCUCAAGCACAUCCACAUGGUCCGCAGCCUCAAGCACAUCCACAUGGUCCGCAGCCUCAAGCACAUCCACAUGGUCCGCAGCCUCAAGCACAUCCACAUGGUCCGCAGCCUAGAGCACAUCACAUGGUCCGCAGCUUAG